AAUUGUUUUCCUUAGAUACCAUAGUCUCGCAAGCUCAAAGCGCACCAAACAUCGAAAAGAUUGCCAUUCACAUGCAGUCACCUGAUGAAAGCCAGGUCUGGGGCCCUGGUCAGUCCCUAUGGGGCCUGAUCGCUGAACAUAUUUCUGAGUCAGAGCUGCCAAAGAUCUACACCGCACUGGGCCAUUCCUUGGUAGAUGUGUACACAGACAUGCACACUGAGGCAGAGAUGUGGCACAAGAUGUGGCAGGAGAACCAGCGAAGUGGAAAGCACGGCGGUUGGGCGGGGACCCCGCUCCCAUGUCUGCAGAGUGCCCCUCUAGUUGACCCCCCUGCUGUGAAAGAGCUUUUGAGAGCUGAGGUCAAGAUGUUACUACAGACUCUCGGAGAGAAAGCCAGCAGGGCAGGAAGAGAUGUUGAGGAGCUCCUGCAUCGGUACAAACCUGAGACUCUAAACUACGCCCUCGGCCACCGAUACAGAUGUCAUACUAAUUGCACCAACCCUGAAGAUACUGACAGUGGAAGCAGGCCGGACUCCCGCUGCUCGGUCCAGUCCAGAACUGAAGAUGAGAUCGAAGCGGUGAGAGGAAAGCUUAAUGUCACCGAGAUAGACCAAGUGGUUGAUCGACUCAGAGCUCUCCUAAUAGGGGAAUGUGAAGAACUGACCAGACUGGUGAAGCAUAUAAAGGCAAACAUUAAACAAAAGUGUCACAGCGGACUUCAUAAAUCUGAACCUUCACUUGCAGACCUGAGAGAACUUAGAGGAGCUAUACAAGUGGAUUUGGAGCUCAGCCCCUUUCUGUUCCCACCUUCGUCCCCUUUGCCUGCAAAGAAAGGUUUCAGUCUGACAGCAGCACAAAGCUCAGAGAGUCUGAAAACUUUAUCUCCUCCAUCAGUCCUAAGACCGCAUCCACCUCCUCCUCUGUCCCCUCCUAUACCCAGGCCUCCAGCUAGACCCCGUCUCUUUAAGAUGUCAACAUCCAGGACUCACGGUCAGCAUAGAGUCACAUCUGCUUUUAAUAAGUCAAGCAAAACACCUACCUGCAGCACUGCUGACACAUCUGGGCAUACACACGGUCUCCUCACCACUGACCACAUAAUGAGAAAUAAUAACCAGUGUGGUUUUUGUCCAGAACAAGACAGUGCUGGUCUUUCCUGCAGGACCCCGGAUUCUACGGCUAAUUUUGAAGUAAAAUCUGAGAGAAACUCACCCCUUCACAAAACCCAUUUAUCAGUAAACUGCAGGAUUCACAGCCAAAGUCGAGAGUGUGAAUGGUCACGGCAGAGGGAGAGAAAGAGCAGCCUUGCGUACAGGCCAAGACACAUCAAUAUCACCCCGUCACCUGUUCCUGCUCCCAGCGGUCUCUGUAAUGAAGGAAGUUGCAGCAGCAAAAGUACUGACCAAUCUGUGGCAGCGAAAUGGAAUUCAGGUAUUCAAAAGAGGCAGCAGGAUAGUAGCUGUGAAGGCAGUUUAGAAUCAGCGAGAGCACAGUCAUAUGCUGAUAGCAGGAGGAAGAUGUCUGAGAAUUCAGUCAUGUCUGAAACUUGGAGAACUCCUGCACAGACAUGCAGAAGGAAGAGCAACGGUGAGACUUCUAGAAAUUUAAGUGGAGCCUUCAGGAAUGAUGGCAAAGAGCAACAAAGCCUGGGUGGCCAGUGUGCAACACUUUGCCCAUUUCAUCCUUCAGCUGCAUGCAGUCAGCGACCACCAGCAAAGAUUAAUGAACAUUUUUUUACCUCUUCAAAAAAACCACCAGGGGGAAGCACAAGUCAGCCAAAAGAACCAGCAGAGCCCCAGUUUCUCCAGAGGUUUCAUCAGCCAGUGCCUCCUACGAGAGUGCAAACUUAAAGACGACUACUACCUGAGGGUGGUAGUCAUCUACCUUCUCUUUUUAUUUUUUAUU